GCGGAGGCUGAGCGGCGGCGGCGGCAGACGGGCGAGAGAGGCCGGCCCCGCGGAGGAGCCCCCGGCCCGGCCCGGCCCGGCCUCGCCUCGCCUCCCGCUCUGCGCUGCUGGGCUUCGGGCCCCGCCAUGGCGCUCGUCACCCUCCAGCGCUCGCCCACCCCCAGCGCCGCCUCCUCCUCGGCCAGCAACAGCGAGUUGGAGGUCGGCAGCGAUGAAGAUCGGAAACUGAAUCUGAACCUGAGCGAAAGCUUUUUUAUGGUGAAAGGUGCUGCAUUAUUUCUCCAGCAAGGCAACAGCCCUCAAGGUCCGCGGAGCCUUCCUCACCCUCACAAACAUGCAGGUGAUUUGCCGCAGCACCUCCAGGUGAUGAUCAACCUCCUUCGGUGUGAGGACAGAAUCAAACUGGCUGUACGUUUGGAAAGUGCUUGGACAGACCGAGUGAGGUACAUGGUGGUUGUCUACAGCUCUGGGCGCCAAGAUACAGAAGAGAAUAUUCUGUUGGGAGUGGACUUCUCCAGUCCAGAGAGCAAAAGCUGUACCAUAGGGAUGGUUUUGCGCCUGUGGAGCGACACGAAGAUGCAUCUAGAUGGCGAUGGUGGAUUCAGCGUCAGCACUGCAGGGAAGAUGCAUAUCUUCAAGCCGGUUUCUGUGCAAGCCAUGUGGUCUGCCCUGCAGAUCCUCCACAAGUCCUGCGAGGUUGCGCGGCGAUACAACUACUUCCCGGGCGGGAUGGCGCUCGUCUGGGCCACCUACUACGAGAGCUGCAUCGCCUCAGACCAGAGCUGCAUCAACGAGUGGAACGCCAUGCAGGACCUGGAGUCCACCCGCCCCGACUCGCCAGCUUUAUAUGUGGACAAGCCGACCGAGAGGGAGCGGGCCGAGCGCCUCAUCAAGGCCCAACUCCGGAGCAUAAUGAUGAGCAAAGAUCUGGAAAAUGUGACCUCUAAAGAAAUCCGGAAUGAGCUGGAGAAGCAGAUGAGCUGCAGCCUGAAAGAGUUCAAGGAGUUUAUUGACAAUGAGAUGCUGCUCAUCCCACCUCGAGGGCAGAUGUGACAAACCCUCCCUCAUUACCCCGAUCAUCUGUGUACCUUUGGUGAGCAGCAGGCUGCGGCGAACCCGCCUCCCCUGGGAGUGGGUCAUCUUAAAAAGCGCCACCAGGAGAUCGAUAACUUUUUCCCGGGCUUGUUUGCAUACCACAACAUACGGGUCUACGAUGAAGAGACGACAGACCUUCUGGCCCACUGGAACGAGGCCUACCACUUCAUCAACAAAGCCAAGAAAAAUCGCUCCAAGUGUCUGGUCCAUUGCAAAAUGGGUGUCAGCCGCUCUGCAUCGACGGUCAUCGCCUAUGCCAUGAAGGAGUGUGGCUGGUCCUUGGAAAAAGCCUAUAACUAUGUAUGAGAAGCAAGCAGCAUGCAUCGCUGUGACCAGAGCGCUGGCUUCAUGAGGCAGCUCUUGGAAUAUGAAGGCAUUUUGGAUGCCAGUAAGCAGCGUCAUAACAAGCUGUGGAAGCAGCAGUCGGACGACCGCCUCCCCCAGAACUCUGACGGCUCCAGCAGCCCCAAUGCCUUCCUGUUGGAGAAUCUUGAGGUCGACCUGGACCCUCCUUGCCAGUCUGCCUGUGCAGAUCCAAGGAUCAGCCAGGAAGCGGUGGGCUUCCACUACUGCUUCAGGCGCCUCUCCGACUCUCUGCCUGGCAACAGGGAAUCCUUCUUCCAGGUAGAAGACCCAGAGCGAGAUGUCCUUCUGGAGGCUGAGGAAGACCCCCGAGAGGAGAAGCCCCACAUUGAGAGGUGGAAGCGGCGCUCAUCUGAGCAGGAGGAGGAGAGCAGGCUGAACUGGGAGAACCUGAAUAGCACCACCAACAACAGCAAGCCCAGACUGCCAGUUUUGAGAGGAAACUGCCGGAGCGCUGUUGACUCACAGCUGCAUUGUGAGUCCAAGGCAGAGGUGGGCUGUAACCACAAGCCGGGCCCUGAGGAGAGUGUAACGGUCCAACUCCAGCAUGGAGUACUCCAAAGGAUGUUGCUUGGGAACUUUUCAAGUUCUGUGGUGCCUUGCAAGGGCAUUAAACACAUCAGCCUGGAGCUUCCGCAUGAUGCUAUCUUUGGCAUCCUCAACAAAGUGAAACCUUCCUACAAAUCUUGCGCCAGCUGCAUGUAUUCCUCAGCCAGCACUUCUGCAGAAUCCUUUGGGGAAUCAUGCGAGAACCUGCAUCCUGUUCCUCCAUGCCACAGUUCCACAAUCUGCACACAGCCCUCAUUCCUCUCCCAUGAGACACCUGAGUUUUUAGAGCAGGCGCUUCAGCAGUCCCCUCCUAUGGAAAUCCGUGGGGCUAAAACCAAUGCUUUGCCUUCAGUUCUGACCGAAAGUAACUCUCAGGAUGUUGACAGCAUGAAACCAUUGCCCAGUUGGCCGUUUGAUACUUUGGAAAAGGCCAAAGAUGUAUCCAAGGCACCCGCUGGGGACUUGCUUGGCCAGAGGAAUUCUCUGUGCGAUAAGAAUGCCCUCUUCAGCGAAGUCCUGAAAGAGGAUUCUCCUCCAAGGAAAGAGGUCAGACCGACAAAGGACCUGAAGUACUUGCUGUUCAGUAAAGAUUUAGAAAAACCGACUAGCAACAGUUACUUGAUGCAGCAUCAGGAGUCGCUAAUUCAGCUGCAGAAAGCAGGACUGGUUCGGAAACACACCAAAGAACUGGAGCGCCUGAAGAGCCUGCCCUCAGAGGCAGCGGCGGGCCAGGGGAGGGAAUGUCCUGGGAACCCCUCUGAUAUGGCCAUCCCCGAGGAGACCCCGGACUUAGUGGCUCAGCAGCAUCAACUACCUCUUCGGGAGCCGCCGCUUGCAGGCACUCAAGACACACAGAACGUUACUGAAAAGCUGCUGAAAACUUUCCCUGUCGCAGGAGGGGUGUCGCAGAAAACCUCCACACCCAUUUUUGGCAAAGCCGACCACAUGAGCAGCUUCACAAAAGACUUCCUGAAGACUGUUUGCUACACGCCGUCCUCUUCUAGGAGCUCCAACCUGACGCGGAGUUCCAGCAGCGACAGCAUCCACAGCGUGCGAGGCAAGCCCGGCCUGGUGAAGCAGCGGACCCAGGAGAUAGAAACCAGGCUGCGGCUGGCUGGGCUGACAGUCUCGUCUCCUCUGAAGCGCUCCAACUCUCUGGCCAAGUUGGGGAGUCUGAACCUGUCCUCGGAGGACUUAACGAGUGAAAUGGACACUUCUGCGUUGGCAGACUUGAAAGAGGCCAAACUGAGCGAGGCUUCCAUGCUCUGCAACUUACAGUCGGCUUGGAAGAAUACAGAAGUGGGCACCAGACUGCUGGUGAAAUCCACCGUGGGGAAGUUGAAGAGCACUCUUUGGGAAGGGAAAAGUUGACACAUUUGUAAUUGUUUUAGAAUUCUGUUACUGCUAUAUUAGUCUGUACCAAAUGCAGUUUUAUCAUCAUAAGAAAGCUCAGCGGCUUUGUUCUCCCCUCCUGGCGGUACUUGCAAGCAAGGGUUGGCAAGGGGGGAAAUCUUUGACAAGGGUGUACCGCCCUAAGGAAAGGCGUGAAGGGUGAUUUAGUGGGUGGGCGGGGCCUCCUGGGAGUCUGGCUUCACAAAUGCUGAAAAUCUGCUUGUUCCAAAGAACUGCAGAAGCCACACACGUCUGGCACAAUUUUUAGGAGGCCCUUUUGAUUAAAAAUAGCCUAAGAGGGCAACGAAAAUGCUACCUCUAUUGUUUAAGUAUUUAUAUGUAGAUAGGUGGGAUUCUUUUUUAAAAAUAAAUCUUGCUCUGCAAUGGAUAACUUUUUAGAAAUUGUCAUCUGUCAUUCAUGCUCGGAAUGACUUAUCUGUAAGGCUCCCUGAUGCCUGACGCUCCUUUGCCGGGUACCAAGCAACAAACGGCUUAUCCGUGAUGGCUCUUGAACCGGUGGUUUUAUUGAACUUUGUGGGACGAUAGUUGAGUUGCUUCUGUCUCGUGGGAUGGAUUGUCCAGAGUCCCGUGUGACUCCUUGCCCUUUGUUGAAACAGAGGGAUGGGAUAUCGCUGAUGCCGUUUCAGCUGUUCCAAUAAGACAGAUGGAAUGGUGUCCGCAAACCCUUCUGAGGUCUGUGGAGUUGGAUUCCAGUGGCAGCAUUUUUGAAGGCAGAGGUUGAUCAUAUAAUUGCUGACGGCACAAGCUGGUGCUCAAAAGUGUGAAUAUAAGGCAACUGAAAAGGUUUUGGCUGUUUGUCCCUAUGUGAGGACGGGACGGUUAGUGAGUGACUGAGGCUUCCUCCAUCUGUUAGUUAAUUGUUGUGCAUUUUUUGAUUUGCAGGCAGAAGAGCUGUAGGUUGUCUCAGGAUAGGACUGUGGCUGCUCCAAGCUCAAGUUGCUUCUUAAUGGAUCUUUUGUGCAGCAUCUUCAGCGUGGGUUGGGUGGUGCUGUCUUUUUUUGAGGGGUGGGGGUAGGUCAUGGCAUGAUGCCAUGGGAAGGGGGGCAGCAGGAAGGCCUGACCAGGUGGCACUUCCCUUGGCUGUUACUUGAAGCUUUUGUCCUGCUGAUCGAGCAGAGAGGAUCCUGGCAGUCCUGGGGCUAAAAACCAAGGCCUGUCUUAGUUUUUCUGUGGUCAUUUGGGGUCCCCUGAACCGAGUUUGGUGUGAUGCAGAGCCCUCAUGGUUUUGUAUCCUGCCUGCUUCGAAUCUGAACUGUCCUGGACUUCCUUGGACCUAGCCAGGUUGGUGUGCGGAGUAGAGAAAGACUAGUCCUUCUCAUGGAAGUCCCUGGGCCUUCUCACGAUGCAAAGUGGGCAGACCAAGCAGCCGCUCUCGAGUCCCAGGCCAAACACAAACGUGAGCGGUGGAGAGGACUUGGUGACUUUAUGCGGCUGAUUUGGAGGUGCGGGUGGGAAAUAUCUAGGGCAGUGUUGCCCACAGAAUAAUCUUUGGCUCAGCCCAAACCCUAGUGGCCAGUGCAGUGUCCAAGGGGAUGUUGCCUGGCAGCCACGAUCCUGCUGCCUCCCAUCAGUUAUGUUAGUUUACAACUGUAGAUGAUCAAGGCAGCCACAGAUAUAUUACAGGCUCAGGCAGGAAGGUGCCCCAGGAUCCCCACUCAAGGUCCUGUCACAUCCGUAAAUUCUUCUGCAAACCAGGAUUCCUUAUUUAUCUUUCAAGUCGAUGAUGGAGCUUCUGUUUGAGUCAGGUAGACGGGACACAGGGCCCCUGCUUUCUCACCACGGGGCAAGUUCCUGCUGCAGAUCUAGGGGUAGCUCAGAAAUCUUUCUCAGGGUUUACAUCAUCCCAUGUUCAGUGAAACCCACCAGAGUGAAGAAUCGAGCACAGACUUGAGACUCCUUUCUCUUUCGGGAUAAGUAAAGAAAGCAAACCCAACAUGAUAAAAUGGCAAGUCAGACGAAGAGCCAACUGGUAGAACCUUUCCCACAUGCCAUAAGCCAAUACCCUUGUUCCUUGCCUGAAAGUCCAUAGCUGGGGUGCUGGAAACAACGCUGCGCAUUUUUGUCAAGUCUGGUUUGUAUCCAGCCAUCCACGCCGAGGCUUCCCACAAUCCUCUCUGUUCCUGGAGUCCCUUCCAACCCCUGGAAGAAUCAUUCCUGCAGCUGAGGGACCCACAGCGGUUGGGAGGCUGGAACGAGGAGGGGCAAUGGGAUGAAAGCUCACCCCACCCUUGGGGAGGUGGAGGAUCAAUUUAACCCCCUCGUUCCUCUGCUCUCCAAUUCCCCCACCCGCUUGCUUAUGUCCUUCUGGGUGGGCCUUGCACCCCCAGGAAUGAUCUUUUCAGGGGGCUGAAGAGGCUGCAGGAGAGGAGAGGAACUGAGGAAAACUCUUUGUUCUGUGCAUGGAUGGUUGGCCUUCGUCUUCCUGUCCAAAUGCAGAACAGACGUGGAAUCAUGUACGUUGGUGUCUGUCCCCCAGAUUUCCAAAUGGGACGGAUGUUAAAUGCACAAACGCACUUCUGCAGUUUAAUCCCCUUCCUCUGGACCCCUUGGGUAAGCAGAAGAAGUCAAAGGGCUGUCCUUCAUGCCAAAUUUGAGUUGUCUCUCCUGCUGUCAUUUCGUGUUGCAGUGACACUUAAGGUUAGAAGCUCAAGUUGUUACUAUAUCUCCGUCAAGCUGAGUUCACUACCUGUGGGUGUUUUGCCAUGCACCUGGGUAACUGACUUCAGGAAAGCAUUUUACGUGCAGCGUCCUUUUACCUGUGAGAGUGAUUUAAGGAGGCAUCUUCUCAGUGCUGUGCAUCUGGAAAGCCUUGUUCUCUCUGGGCUUCAAGAUUCUUAAUGAGUUUCAGCAUUUUUCCUGAGCUUUACUUGGCAUUUUGCAUCUGGAACUUGAAAACCCUCACAGAUCUUGUCUCCUUAUGCCUGAAGGAGUCCUUGUUUCUGGGUGGCUCCUCUGUAUACCUGCUCUGCUAAGUCCAGUGCACAGCGGCCCCCUUGACGUGCAUCCCCAUUGCCUCUGGCUUCCUUAAUUUGGGAAGGGGGAGGGGUCAUUGCCCACAGCCCCUCCCUCCGUGCCUGGCAUGUUCAAGAACUGUGGACAGUUUUUUUCAGAAUUCAAGACUCUAAAACGUGUUUAGUGAGUUUUGUGUGGGGUUUUUUUGGCCCCUACAUAAGCCCAAAGGCUACAUAUGUGAUUGCCACGUUCCUUAGUUUCUUCAGGAGGUGACAUUGGUGGGAUUUCUCAGUUCCGUCUUUUCCGUGCGGGGUAUGAAAAGGAGGGAGUGGGCUUCUGAAAGUUCCUCUCUGUUGGAAAGCCCUAUCAAGUCCCAGUCAGAUGGGAAUAGUUUAGCUGCAACAGCAAAGGAGGAAGAGGCUGGAGGCGGCGCCCACGUGCCGCUCUCUGCUGGCCCUCUGGCCACCUCUCCAAUGACGAGUGUCCUGCAACUUUUCUGGUGAGGAAUGCAGACUGCCACUGAGCAGCUUCGCCAGACUUGCUGGAGGCAAAGUGGUGUUUUCAGCUGCGAGUCCCCAGUUGGGUUGAAUAGCCGGCUGCUGAUUUUCCUCCCUCGUGUCUCCAGUUUAUUGACUGCAGACUGUCUCCAACAUUCUUUUUUGUGUGCAUCAGGAGCCGUAAUGUUGGGACUGCGCUCGCUUGCCGGGGUGGGACUUUAAACCCAGAGCACUGACUGCCUGCCAGACAGUGCAGGCUCCAGGGAAACCGGAGUGCCAUGUCCUUUGCAUUUACGUUGCACAUGAAGCCCCUCCCAAUCCAGAGUCCAAUGUUCCUCUACCUCUGCUGUGGUGCUUGUUACAGAAGCGACCCUCUGGAGGAGGCGAGGCCCAUUUAAUUUUAAUGCUAUAAUGAGCAACCUGUUAUCUUUCAGUACCGGCAGACUUGGCUAAUAUCGCAAGACUUCCUGUUGUCACAAGUUCCCCCUUGUGGUUGCUGUAGUCGGGGAGGUCUGUGGGAACUGAUUGCGUGGGCCAUGUUUUCCAUGUUUUUUCUUUUUACAGGAGAUGGUUUAUUUCUUUUCUCCCUUCCCCUUUAAUGUAUCUCAGGUCUACAUUGCAACACCCCCCUUCCCAUAUUUCUAUAAGCCAAUGGAAAAAUAUAGCCUUCAGUUUGCCAAUUUAAAAAGGGGGGUUGUCAAUCCAAAAAGAUGCAGAAGCUGCCUGUCAGUCAGUCUGAUGAAUGAAAAAGGAGCAGCUUUAUUUUUCUCCGGGCAACGGUGGUCUGUCUGUCCUUUUAAAUUGAGUGCCUUGCAAAUAGUUUACAAAUACUGUGUAUUUAAGUGAUGCUGUUCCUUUGUUCCUGUUAGUAUUAGGGUCUUUAUGGUGUCAGUGUAAGACCAUAUACUAAUUGUAAAUAUCGUGGUUAUCUCAUCCUGUCCUCUAAAAUGGCUGACUUUAGCUAUUUGAAAAGCUGUCAAUAAAAAAGCUCAAUUUUUUAAAAAAACUAUUCCCUCUUCCGGAACAUUUGCACACCUGUUGGGUUAAUCUAUGCAGUGAUUGAGGCAGGUGGGGUAUAUCAAGUGCCCCCCCCCCCCCGGUGGAAACAGAAGCCACAGUGCUGCCCAGCCUCAUACCUGACCAUGCACAAAGGGGCACCUUGACUUCAACCCAUGUUUCUCCCAGAUGCUUUUGAAACUAGCCCAGUUUUUCUUCAUGCUUGCCGGUCAAACAGCCUCAUGUUUGUGUUGCAAGGGUAGUUUGCCUGUUCUCACAUGAGCCUGGGUGAACCUUUUCUUAAAGCGGACACUGGCAAAGCCAGCACGCCCUCUCCUCAGCUGAGCACAGCCCCAGGCUUUGAGAUUGUAGGUGCUGCUGCAACCCACAGGAAGUGAGUGUGACCCAGACAAGCAAGUGCAGGAGUUGGGGUUGGGGUGGUGGUGGAACAGAGUGGCAGGAUUAUGGAAGUCCAGCCCAGCACUGUGUACACAUUCCUGCAUUCAUUAGGCUGGUUAUGUCAUAAGCCAGGUGAGGGCAGGUGGAUGGAUGUGUUCCAGUGACUGGUUCUGCGUCCCAACGCAUGCAGGUCAUGACCAAUCCCAUCAGGGUAUAGCGCGGCCCUCUCAGUGCCUGAGAAAACGGGCACAAACGGUGGGCAUUCUCUGACUGUAUUACUGACAGCUGUGUUUUUUGGUACAUCAUUGUUCUCCUUAAUAUUGUUUUUUUAUACAUAUUUAAAUAGGCAGUAUUGUUUUUGUACUGUACCUUCACAGUAGGGGAUGCAUAAUGCACUUUUAAAAAACUUUUUGUUUGGUAAAAUGUACUGUAUUACGUGCUACUGGUGAAGAAGAAUAAAAACAAAAACAUCCCUUUUCUUUA